UCUCUCUCUCUCUCUCUCUCUCUCUCUCUCGCUCUCUCUCCUCGAUCCCUACGACGAAGCCCUUCUCAAAACCCUAGCUACUUGAACACUCUUCUUCUGCAUUCCCAUCUGACAUGGCCGAUCCAGAGAUCGCCGGAGCAUCGCCGGCGCCGCCUAUGGAACCACACGACGACGAAGACGAAGGCGAUGGGGGUGGUGGUGGCGGCGGCGGCGGCGGAGGCGGGGGGUUGACGAGGAAGGCGAAGAGGAAGGCGAUGAAGAAGAUGAAGCGGAAGCAGGAGAGGAGGGACGCGGCGAUCCGGGAUCGCGAGGAGGAGGAGGCGAGGGCCAAGGAUCCCGAGGAGCAGCUCAAAAUCCGGCUAAGGGAGGAGGAGGAGGCGAGGAUCGCCGAGCGCGAGAGGAGGGCGUUCGAGGAGCGGGAGCGGCUCUGGCUCGAGGCCGCCGCCGCAAGAAGAGCGGCGGAAGAGGCGGCGGCGGCGGCGGAGGAGGAGGCGGAGCGGAGGAAGAAGCUUCUGGAAGCGUCGGAAGCCGAAAAGAAUAAAGAAGAGCAUGCGGAUAAACCGGAACAAGAUGAGGAAUGGGAAUAUGUUGAAGAAGGACCUGCAGAAAUCAUAUGGCAAGGAAAUGAGAUUAUAGUCAAGAAGAAAAGGGUUAGAGUUGCAAAGGGAAGUGCUCGGAGACAGCAAAUUGAAGAGGAUGAUGACAGACCAACGUCUAAUCCACUUCCUCCACAAUCUGCGGCUUUUACUUCCUACAGGCAGGGGCCAUCAAUUUCUGCUCAGGAAGCACUUGAAAAAGUUGCCCAACAAACUCCGAACUUUGGGACAGAGCAGGAUAAAGCUCAUUGCCCUUUUCACCUGAAGACUGGGGCAUGCCGUUUUGGACAGCGUUGCAGUAGAGUUCAUUUUUAUCCUGACAAAUCGUGCACGUUUCUCAUCAAGAACAUGUAUAAUGGGCCAGGCCUCACUUUGGAACAAGAUGAGGGGCUUGAGUGUACCGAUGAAGAGGUUGAACGCUGUUAUGAAGAAUUUUACGAAGAUGUACAUACAGAAUUUCUGAAAUUUGGCGAACUUGUCAACUUUAAGGUAUGCAGAAAUGGUUCUUAUCAUCUGCGAGGCAAUGUCUAUGUGCAUUAUAAGUCCCUGGAUUCAGCCGUUCUUGCCUACAAUAACAUAAAUGGCCGUUAUUUUGCUGGAAAGCAGAUAACAUGUGAGUUUGUUGGUAUAACAAGAUGGAAGGUUGCUAUUUGUGGCGAAUACAUGAAAUCAAGGUUGAAGACUUGCUCACGUGGAACUACUUGCAACUUCAUUCACUGCUUUCGCAAUCCUGGGGGGGAUUAUGAGUGGGCUGACUGGGAUAAUCCUCCCCCGAAAUAUUGGAUUAGAAAGAUGGCUACUCUUUUUGGUCCCUCAGAUGAAUUGCAGUAUGACAAUCAAAUAGAGUUAGCGGAUUUUGACAAGUCAAGGAUCUCUGAUAGGAGAAGAACACCGAGAAAUGGCAGAUCUGGUUCAAGAAGAUCUGAUGAUGAGAUGGAUGACCCUAAUGGACCAAAGAGAGAUCACUGCAGUCACUCAGGAAGGGAGCAUUCGAGGAGAAGAAGAGAAUUGUCCUCUGGGGUUAAGCACAAGCACUCUGAAGAAGCCAUUAAAUAUGAUUCUCAUAAAUACCAUUCCAUUGAGGACAUCUCCAAGAAAAAGGAUAGAGGUCUCUUGCCUAAGUGCCGAAAGACAGAGGAGGAAACUGGUCCGAACUAUCAUCAAGAGUUUAAGAGAACAUAUAGUGCAAAGGAGGAUUUGGAUAGGCAAAAACGAGAAAACGAUAGAUGUAAAUCAAAAAGGUACAAAUCUCAUAAACCGGAAAAGGAAGAGUUCAUUGAUGAUUAUAGAGAACCAAGUUACAGUUCUCCGAGCAAUGAUAAGUCCAUUGCGAGGGCUAGUAUUCAUGAAGAGCGCUACAAUGAAAGGCACCAUUCGGACGAUCUCAGUUUCGAAAGAGACUCCACUGGAGUAUUUGAAUCUCCUAAAAAUGAACACAACAGUGACAGAAGAGAACAUCGGCAACAUAAUUCAUGGCAUCAUGCGAAAGGCGAUCGCCGUUACCAUAAGAUAGAUGAUGAUAGAUCCCGAGAGUACAGAGGAAAUGACCAUGGAGUUUCUUCUAAUGAUUUUGCUGAUCGCUGGAGAAGCACAGACAAUGAUAUGGAUUCAGAAAACAGUGAGGAUCAUUCUCGAAGUGAAAAAAGCAAUCAAUCAAAGAGGAAGCAUACUAAACAAGGUCAGAAAAGAAAGCAUCACGAAGAAAAGCACGAGUAUGAGGGAAGCGAUGAAGAAUUUACUUCUUCAGAUUCUGACAGCCAGGAGUUGAGCUCGAGAGCAUACAAGAGGCGAUCACGAAGCCGCGAAAAGCACCAACAUAGGGGGAACUCGAAGAGGAGAAAUUCGUCACGUGGUAGUCAUGAUUCAUGAUGCUUCUAACUGUCAUUUUCCGUGACCUACUGUGUUUUAUCAACUUGUACAAAAGUUUUGUGGUAUCAACUGUUUCUUUGUACUAGUCUAGUCCAACACUUCUCAGUUGAACUAUACCUAUCUUAAAGCACUAGGGGACUUCUUUUUGGAGUUAGUACAUAAGAGUUAACUAAGAGUAUACACUUUUUGUUGAUCUGAGCAAGAUCUUUAGCCCUGUAGUGUCAUUACCUGGUCAAUUGAAGUGUUUGGAAUUUGAUUCCAUGUGUUUUGCAUGACUUGUGUACAAAAUAUCAUCUUUGUUUGUAAAAAGUGAAAGAACUAAUACAUUUGAGUUAUGGAUGUGUAUUUGGUGCACUA